AUGUCUACUCGUCCUCAAAACAUCGGCAUCAAGGCCAUUGAAAUUUACUUCCCAAGCCAGUGUGUUGCUCAAGAAGAACUCGAGAAGUUCGAUGGCGUUAGUGCAGGAAAAUACACAAUUGGUCUUGGUCAAACCAAGAUGAGCUUCUGCGACGAUAGAGAAGAUAUCUACUCUUUUGCCUUGACCGUCACCUCUCGCCUUCUCAGCAAGUACAACAUUGAUACCAAAACCAUUGGACGUCUCGAGGUCGGUACAGAGACUCUUCUCGAUAAAUCAAAAUCCGUAAAAUCAGUUCUGAUGCAAUUGUUUGGAGACAACUCGAAUAUUGAGGGAAUUGACACUGUCAAUGCAUGCUACGGUGGUACCAACGCGGUUUUCAACGCUGUCAACUGGGUGGAAUCAUCUGCAUGGGAUGGAAGAGACGCCAUUGUCGUUGCUGGAGAUAUUGCUUUAUAUGCCAAGGGUUCUGCGCGUCCAACCGGAGGUGCUGGAGCUGUUGCCAUGUUGAUUGGACCAAAUGCUCCAGUUGUUGUCGAGCCAGGUCUUCGUGGAUCCUACAUGCAACAUGCCUACGAUUUCUACAAGCCAGAUCUUACAAGCGAAUACCCAAUCGUUGACGGUCACUUCUCUUUGAGAUGCUAUACGGAAGCAGUUGAUGCUUGCUACAAGGCAUACAACAAGAGGGAACAAACUCUCAAGCCCCUAGCCAACGGACAUACCAAUGGUGCCGUCGCUGAGGAAUCAACAAAAACUCCUAUUGAUCGUUUCGAUUACAUGGCUUUCCACGCACCUACCUGCAAGCUCGUUUCCAAGUCAUACGCCCGUAUGCUCUACAACGACUACCUUGCCAACCCAACCGCAUCAGCUUUUGCUGAUGUACCAGCUGAGUUGAGGGAUAUGGAUUACGCCAAGUCUUUGAGCGACAAGGUUGUCGAGAAGACAUUCAUGGGAUUGACAAAGAAGCGUUUCAAUGAGCGUGUUCAACCCAGUAUCCAAGUCCCAACAUUCUGUGGAAACAUGUACACUGCCAGUGUCUACGGUGGAUUGAUUGGUUUGUUGAGCAACGUUGAUAGCGCUACCCUCCAAGGAAAGAGAGUUGGUGUUUUCAGUUACGGAAGUGGUUUGGCUGCAAGUUUGUUCUCAUUGAAGAUCAACGGCUCCACUGAGACCAUGGCAAAGGCCUUGAACUUGCAAGAAAGACUCGACGCUCGCAGAACCGUCGCCCCAGAAGUUUACGAAGAGUUCUGCGCUCUCCGCAAGGAAGCCCAUCUCCAAAAGUCAUACACACCCAAGGGUAGCCCAGACACCAUUGCCGAGGGUACCUACUACCUCAAGAGCGUUGAUGAAAUGUUCCGCAGAGAGUAUGAAAUUAAGGCAUAA